AUGAAAAACUGUACAGAGGAUGUUAUUGAGAAGGGAGAAGUCGUGGAGAGUAUGAAUGCUCAGCCUAUCGCUUCGAGCACUUCACAGCGCGGGCAAUACAAGGAAGCCAGUAUGCCCACCUUCCUACAAAUUUUAACCAGUCUUUCAAGCUUAAAUUGUACAGCAACAGCCAAUGAACUACAUGGCAAUAGCACAUCAAAACUCAGAUUGCACGUUUGGUACCUGGAAAAAAGAAGAGUGAAACAAGCUUUCAAAGUUCGGCCAGACCCCGUAAGUAGUGUUUGGGUUGAAUUUAGUCAAGACCGUAUUCCUGAUUAAAGACAGUACAAAAAUAUUCCGAGGGAUAUCCAUACUUAACUGCCCUGCUCAACUUUGAAGAAAACUUUAUGAUAUACCGAAGGUUUGGCAUACUACAAGCCCGCAACCUGCUUUACAAGCAGCACGAACUUUCAAGACUCGAAGCAGAACUGGCGCGGUUGGACAUAUUGGAUCAAAAGUUUUCACCGAGUGUUCAUCGAUCCAGAGAUAAUGUAGACCCUGAAGACACAGCGCGGCAGGAACUCCAUAGCAAGAUCGAGCAGACCUUUAAGGAGUAUGGUGGGUGAUUGAACGCCGCAAAACCAUAUCAAUGACCCUCAACAAGAACUAAUUGGAUUUUGUUUUUAUAGCAGAACUACUGAUCAUCGCGAGAGACCUCGCAUACUUCAAUCCACCUCCCGAAUACAGUUAUAGAAAUAUCAAAGAUUACUUCGAUAAAACAAACCCUGUAGCCGUCGAGGACGCACAUAUAUAUCACAAGGAGGAUCUGGUCACACUCAAGCCGGGAAGGGAGCACUCGUGGCUUGACUCCAUGGUGGAAAGAAUCCUCCACACCUUAACCAAGAAACCAAGCAAGUUAAAUAAGCCGAUAUAUGUACGUUUCAUCAAACGCCAAUGGUACGAUUAGCUACUGACCGGCUGAAAAUGCAGUAUACCUUUGCAUCUUCGGUAUAACUUCAAAUCCUCAAACAGUGAACACGCUAAGGUGAAAUCUUAGGAAAUCCGUGACUUUUCAAGCUCGGCAAGGCAACAUGGAACUACACUGUUCAGUAAAAACAGAAUCGAAAUUACGGUUUCCAUUAUCAUCAUGCUCACAAUCCUUGCGUUGCUUGUCUGCCCUAUCUACAUUCUUUCCAAACUGACAGGGUCUACUGAAGCACAAGCAGCCGAUGGUACGCUCGUGAGUAGAACAAUACCCAUCACAAUUGUGAUUCUAGGUGUGUUUACUGCUCUUUUUUCAACCGUGCUUUCAUUGUUUACUCGAGCAAAAAGACAUGAAAUUCUGGCGUCUGCAGCAGCGUAGGUAUCUCCUAGUUUGUAUUUGACACAGGAAGCUUACUAAAUAUUGCAGAUAUUGUGCGGUUCUCGUGGUUUACAUUGGCAAUCUGGGGCAGAAAUGA